GGGCGCCUCUAUGAGGAAGAGGGCGUAGGCUCAGCAGCCGGUAGAGGAGGAAGGUGCUGAGACCGCCGAGCUGCUCGCGCACAACCGCGAGGGGUCCUGGCAGCAGCGCGAGCGAUGCGAGUGGAGGGUCGUGAGGAAACCGCCUAAAUAGAAAGAGCUCGACCGAGUUUUGUCUUGUUUCAGCAGCAGUGUGUAAAGAGAAAACGGCAGAACAGCGAGCAUGUCGGUGUUAGCUCUACAAGAGUACGAAUUCGAGAGACAAUUCAACGAGGACGAAGCCAUCCGAUGGAUGCAGGAGAACUGGUAAGGCUGUUUUCCCCCACAGAGUCAUGUUGCUGCUCGAUUUUAAUCACAGUAUACUCGAUAUUAAUUACGAGGAUUGACCGCGGUGGGCACAGCUGAAUGUAAAGUGCUAUAACGGCGCACAUGCAUCAGCCUCGUUCACCGGGAUUAAACCUCGCUGUAUCCUGUUAUAUCAGACGCUGUCAUCAUCCGCAAAUUGCUGCAUGUGUCUCAAAAUGAACAAGAAUUCACGCAGGCCAUUUGAUUUGCGUGCAGAUGUGGAGCUCUACCGUACGCCAUAAUGUCCACUGUGACAUUGUGCGUCUUUAUCAGGACGGAUUUGUCCUUGAUUUCCUGUGAUUUAUUCCCCCGGCAUCCGUUACCGCGAUACUACUAUUGUAAAGGUCAUCCAUGGCUCCAGCUGCCUCAUCCAUUUAGACUCACUCACUGGCCCAGUAGCAUAUUGAACCAACGCUGGCCUCACGCUGCUCAACAUGUAUCCUCCAGUCCUUAGUCAUCCCUGCAUUAGAGAUGGAUAACUGUUAUUUCAGUCUAAUUAUGAAGGCUCCAGCUCAUUGUAAGACCACAUAUAACCAGUCCAAGUGUCAUUAUUGUGUUGUACUGUAGAGUUAAAUGGCAAUAUUCUUUGUUUGAACUACUGAAGGUUCACGUCAUGGUUUAUUUAUUCUCCAAAAUACUAGAUACAACAUGAAUGUAGAUGUUACUAGCUGCCAGAAGGACUGAGGGACUGUGAAAAUACUGUCCUUGUUGCAACAAUGAUCUUAUUAUUUUGGGUUAAAUCGACUGGUCGCCUGAUUAAUUAGACCAGUAUUUUUCAACCUUUUUUGAGCCAUGGUACAUUUUUUUAAUUAAAAAACAAUCACAAGCCACACCACUAACCAAAAUAUUACUAAAUGACACUUGGUAGCCCCAAAUACAAUUUAUACAAUGACAAUAUAGUCUCUCAACUUAUUCAUACUCACCCAGUGUGAAAUCUGGGGCUGUAGAUUACAGCACAGACACUUGAGAAUUGUGUAUUAUUUGCAGAUAAUAAGUUAUUUUAAAAAUUAGUCCAAUAAAGUGAAAUUAGAUCAUUUCUCAAGGUACACCUGACUAUCUGUCGUGGCACACUAGUGUACCAUGGCAUGCUAGUUAAAAACACUGAAUUAGACUAUGAAAUACUGUCCUCAAACAGCUUGUUUCCUCCAAACAGCCCAUACUGUCAGUAAUCAGUCCAAUCCAAUCUGCUUUAUUGAUAUAGCACAUUUAAAAAAAAAAAAAUUCAAGUUUACCAAAGUGCUGCACAAUAGAAUUAAAAGAACAGACAAUGCAGAAAACAUCAAGAUAAAAUAAAAAUAAUAGUUUUAAGACGUGAUUUAAAAGUAGAAAGAGUGGGGGAUGUUUUAAUCUCGAGUGGCAAUUCGUUCCACAAUUUGGGAGCCACAGAGUGCUUUUAAUGGGGGGACAGAUACUACAGGGACAGUAUUGAUCUGUAUAAAAUUGAUUAGAUAUGACAUAUUGCACUUUUUGCAGAGCACAACUUCAAUCUGGGAAAAAAAUGCACAUUUUAUUUUUGGCUCAGUGCAAAAAACUGGAGGAGAGCAGCAAUAAAGUAUUUGCUUAUCAAUUAUUUAGACCACGAAGUAAUGGGAAAAGAAGAAAAGUUGCCUCGACAAGCUCCCAACCAACUAACCAAAUAUUCCCUAAAUCUGUACCACUUUAAAAAAAACAACACUGCAAAAACUGUGAGACAUAGAUUUGAAAAAAAAUGUUUCUUUUUUUUUAAGGUUGAUGAAAAAACAACAAAUCUGUCAUCCAAACAUUGUAAUGAUCACUGGACACAUUUAUGACCAGAGCAGGGAUUGUGUUUGCCCAGGGCUGCGUCUGCAAGGCUCUACACAAACUACAGUGUGAUACUACAUUGAUAUUUCCUGUCACUGCAGAUGUAAAGUAAACAUCGCUGUGAGGCUUUGUGCAUUGAUGCAUUUUUACGUGCAGGUCCAGCCAAAUAUCCAUCGUGUGAAGUCAGCAAUGGGUCAGCGUUGUCCAGGUCUGUGCUAGGUUAAGCAAGAAAUGGUUCAAAGCAAAACAAAAUGAGUCAUGCGUAAAGUUAGCAUAGGCUUCAUUAAACAUUCAAAGGCACUGGGUUUGUAGAAAGAGCGGCACAUGGAGAGCAGAAGGCUUUCAGCUGGCUUCUUCUUCUAUCUCCUGUUAGAACUGGAAAAAGUCCCAUUUGGUGAAUUGUUUCAAACACAAAUUAAGUUGGAGAGGAGCUCUCACAGCCACUCUCAGAACAGCUCUGUUUUUGUUCAUUGCUAUGAAAUCUGCGGUUGUGUGAGAGAGACAGCAUGGCAGCAAUGUGUAGGAGCUGUCCUUUCCCUGGUACUGAGAACCGGCCAAUCACGGUCAUCUUCUGAUGUCUGCUGACAGAGCUUCAGCCAAUCACGUCGCAGCUGAUCUGAGACGACUUUCCUCUGCUGCUUCAGUAGUGGAGAAUGUCACACCGGGCCAGUGCACAUGGCUUAUAUGGGAAACAACUGCAGGGAAUGAGAUUUGAUGGGCUGUUUUAUUAUCUCCAUAACGUAGAGAGGGAAACUGAUAAAGCCAGGCGUGUUUUCACGUCUUCAGGGCCACACAGAGACGAGGAAACAAAUAAAAAAACAAACCAGUUCAGUGGAAAGGACCAUGCAAAUAAGGAAAUAAGCAACUUGAAAUCCAACAACAGUGUUAUUUCAUCAUGGAUCACAUACCUGCACACCCCACCUUUAUUUAUUCAGCCUGGGGUGAGGCACCCUCAACCAACUGCUAGGGUCUGAAAUGAACAUGAGCCAAGCCAAAUGCAAAUUCCUAGAAGUUCAGGUUAGUGAGUGUGGAGCCACUCAAUACAAAGUAUAGAGUUUCAACAUAUAAUCCUUGAAUGUAGGCUUCUGUGCGAGUUUAGCUUUUGGCAUAUUAUCAGAGUAAACAUGGAAACAAUUUUAACAGCAAAUAUGUGUCAUUUCAGCAAACUGUGGCCACUAUUUUGUCAAAGGUUGAUGUCAUCCUAAACCUCCCUGUGCAGAUAAGCCUGUUGUGAAAUCAGUGUGCUGAGGAGGCCUCAAUUCCUUUUUUGAACAGGCGUCUAGUCCUUGUAGGCCGCUGUCACUUUUACCACUUCAUUACCAGAAAGGGUGAGCAAGGGAGGGUUUCAGUCUAGGAUGUGGCCCCUAUUAUUGCUAAAUGUUCCCGUUUCUACUCACUGUACCUCAAAAUGUAGCAUCCUCUUAAAGCUCCUGUAAGGAGUUUUUUUACAGGUUUCAAAACAGACUGAUAUAACAGUGAGGUUUCUUUAUGCCCACAAGUAAAAAAGUUCACAUUACUAUUUUGUAAAUUUUAAUGCCUGCAGACACUGCGUGUGUGUGUGGGGGGGGGGGUAUCAGACACGACAGUUUACAGCGUAAUAAAGGAACCCCCCCUUUUACUACUUUUUCUACUAUAAAUACUCAUGUAAAAUAUAUGACCAUUAAAAGAAAGCAGGAUCAGAAACAUACAAACAUCUUAAGUUAUAAUUUUACGUAUUUUUGCCUUUAAUAAAUGGGACAGGAAAUGCAAUACUUUCUUAAUUUGCUUGGCCAACCAAGGCCCCCCGAGAUGACAUAUUUGUCAGAAAACACUAUAAUAAAAUGUACUGGAGAAAUUCUGCAAAACUAUAGACGGUACCCUUUUGGCCACAGGGGGCGCCAAAGUUCAGACAAAUAAAGUUCCUUACCGGACCUUUGGAUAUCAAAUUGAACAUACGGAAUCUGAAUUAGACAUGGUGCCAAGUAAUUAUACCACUAGUCAUUAUUCUCGCUGUGAUUGUGCAUGUCAUAAAAAUUAAUCUUAAUGUGUGAUGACAAAAACACAAAGAUGACAUAUUUGUCAGAAAACACAAUAAUAAAAUAUACAGGAGAAAUUCUGCAAAACUAUAGAUGGUACCCUUUUGGCCACAGGGGGCGCCAAAGUUCAGACAAUAACGUUCCUUACUGAAACUUUAAAGAUCAAAUUGAACAUACAGAAUCUAAAUUAGACAUGGUGCAAAGUCAUUAUUCUCGCUGUGAUUAUGCAUAUCGUAAAAAUUAAUCUCAAUGUGUGGUGAAAUAAUCAAAAUUUGAGAUGAACUAUGAAUAUUUGCAGCAGAAGAUAGGACUAAAAGUUCAAAUAUUGAAACACUUAUAUCCAGAAAUGACUAAUAGGCUUGGUAGUCGGAUCGAUCUUUUCCAGAGAAAUCCCUCUAAGGUUCUGAUACACUCAUCUGUCGCUGCGGAGAGAGAGCUCACGGGCAGAGAUGAAGGAUCUGCUUCGAAAAAUGGAAGAAAACAGUUUGAACCUCAAAGGUGAGAAAAUUAUGGUGCAUUUAAGUUUUUGUGCAAUUAUUUUAGAUAUAAUUUGUAUUCUGUCAAACACAUUAUUCCAUCUCAAACAUUAGUUUUGUAGCUGUAAAGGGCAAACUUGAACAAGGAGUGAUUACAGUAAAGUGACUCAGAUGGUACGUGUAGCUUUGGUGAUAACUAGAUUUGAUAAACUUAAGUUAAAACUGUCACAGUUAAAGAUCUUAUUUAAAUCACAGUAAAGCAUACUCCUCUUUUGUACCUGUGUAUCUAUGAGAUAUUAUAGAAUAACAACUUGUUCAGCCCUCUAAUAAUAAACUGUCUUGGAUGAAGUCCUGGAUGAAGCUAAUCUUAGUACGGCUCAAAGGAUGUUGCAGCAUUUCUUUAAUCUUCUGCUGUUAAUGUCAGCUGAGGAGAAACUUAAUCUUUGCUUGUUACUGCGUUUCAUUUUUCAAAAAAUAAUUGGUAAGGAGUUGACAACGAUCCAGAAAUAGUGUUACUUUGUUUUGCAGAGGUCUGUAGUGCCAUCUGAUACCUCCUGAUGAGUCCAGUUCAUCUUCUUUUCUUAGUGUAGCCUGAGGUGUUAUCACAUUUUAUCACUAAUGCAAGCUUGAGUUAUGCACAUGUGUGUUUACUGUGUAUACAUGUCAUUGUUUUGCAGGGAUGAAUGGAGGCUGGUACACUGAUCUGAUGUGUUUUCUUCGGGCUCAGCAGCAGACAGCUCAGCAUUGUGAAGAAAAACAAUGAAGCGAGUAGUUCGAAGAAGACCAGGAAGAGGAAGGGGAAAGAGAGGAGCACCGCCCCAUUUUCUUCUUAUGGUUAACAGUAUAGAAAUGCCAUGAACAUAUGAGGUCGUGAGGCUAUAUUAAGACUGUUUGGAAGAGAGGCAAUAGUGCGUACCCUUUGUUUUCCACAGCACGAACCUAAUGGUAUUGCUGAUGUGUUUCUAUCACCAUCAAUUCUGCACAAAUUGAUCGCACAGACCAAAUAACACAGCAGUGUCUGCAAGCAAAAUUAGAAAGGUAGAAAAAUAUCAUCCAUCAGAUGAUGCUGUCGAUGAUGCUUUCUUGUUAUUUCAGGAGUGUCUGCAGUAUCACGAACACCGGGGGCCUGAGAAUAGAAGUGCAAAGUGAAGUCAGGUACAAUUCCGAACAUGUCUCAUCAGCUGGAAUUUCAUUAAAGCUCUCCGUUCAACAAAUACCCUUCAGUGAUGGGGCUGAUCAAGACAAAAGACUGGCCCUGCUGCAGAUAAACUCAAGAAAAGAGAAAGAUAGGGACUAAAAUAGCCUGUUUGGUUACUUGUAUGACAAUUUUAGCAUGAUAGUAGAGGAGCAGUUUUUGUUUUAGAUAUCUCAGGUGUGGUCCUGAAACCCUGCAGAAGACUGAAGUCUCAGUUUUUCUCACUGGUCACUGUUCAGAUCAGUGAUAAUUUUUACAUAUUUUCUGUGCAUUUGCAUCUUAUUUUACUCAAACUAGUUGUGUUAGAUACAUUCAAAAUUCAGCCUUCUUGUCUGUAUAAGUCUAAUGUCCUAAAACAACUGGUUGCAUACAGACUGCACAUAUCCAUCUUACUACGUAGCAUGAACUUAAAGCUCCUUUGAUGAGAUUUUUAACAUUUAUGCAACACAUUGAAUAAAUAUUGAUGCCUUUUUAUGAUAAACAAAACACAAUCAUUAGUGAUUAAAUAGACAAUUUUUGGACUCUAUGUUUCAACAUCCAAAACUGCUGCAAGGAGUAAGGUGCCACAGUGGGGCUGCAGAAGAAAAAGGGACUUUCUACAUUUUUCACUUUAAAUAUUCACAAGAAACUGAUAUAUUUGACUGUUUUUGUCAACCAACACUACCAAAGCAUGUGGGGGUAAAAAAAAGGCAAGGGCUGCUUUGUCCACAGGGGGCGCCAAAACUGACACAUACAGAAAGUUACUCACAGGACCUUUAAUGAUGUUGUAUUAGACUAAAAGUAUUUUCCAGAGUAGUUUGUAUGUAUUUUUGAAUAAAGUGCUGUUUUUAAAAUCCCUGGUUUAAUAAAAUAUGAAAAAUCAAAAAAGAUAACCUGCAAACUUUGGUGUUCAUUUCGUAACUGAUAUUUGACAACUUCUGAACAUUUAAGUAAUUUCAAUGCAAGAGUAAUAUUGAUUUCCUGCUUAAACUAACAUUUAUCAAUAUCAAUAGCCCAUUUGCUUCACUGCAUUGCUGCUUGUACCAUCUUCCUUGGCCGAUCGGUUGUACUCAGAGGCUUGUGACCACGGUGAAAAGCAAUCACAAUGGAUUUCAAAGCAUAUAAUUUGGUAGAGUGCUCACCUAAUGGAAAAUGUCAUUUGAAUGUAAUCAAAUCAGCAUGAUUUCACAACAGAUUGACGUGAAGGUACUCAAGGAUUAUGUAUGUUGCUCAGAGUGAGCGUUUGCAUUAUAUAGGUGCUUGUGGGAUUAGCUAUAUGUGCAAUUUUGUCUCCUCUUUCAAUGCAUUUGAUGGGUUUCUAUAUGAUGGGGCUGCAGAUAAAAAUUGGCACUUUGUGUAGUAGGAUUAUCACGUCCUGCAGUGUGGGGUUACAAUCCGAAAGAGAGCAGUUGUGCAUUUUACCUGCUGACUCACUCUAAGCUCUCACAGACGUCAUUGGGUCUCAUUACCAUGCGAGUUGCUUGGUUGGAAUCUGUGUUCUCGGUUCUCUGAAAAGCCUACGGGAAAGAUAGCAUCCCCACAGGUCUCCGCACUCCUGAUGGAUCUCUGGAGGGUUUGGACUGGACUGAUAACAAGGGAUGCAGAGUCUGCGGAUGAUGCAGCCAGAAUGAACAAUGAGAUCUUUGUUGUCGUCUGCUUCCUAUGCUCUGUGUGUUUGUGUUUAUACCCUCCUGUUAAAUGAUUCAGCAGCUCGACUCCUUUUACCAUAUUAUCAAAGAAAGAGCGAAUAGAGGAAAUGAAAUUAUUCCAGGUUUUUAAAUUCUUCAUGGGAGAUAAAGAAAUGGUUCUGUGUUCUUGUGGUGGAGUUUUGCUUUAAUCAACUAAUCACUUCCUUUUGCUUACUAGGCUUUGUGGCUUGUGGGUUGUGCAGGUCAGGUUCCAGUUGUAGCUGAAUAGUUAAGGAGAUAAUUCUCUUCCUUCCAAGUCUCACGUUACUAAUACACCCUUAAAGCAGCCCAGCCUGUUGUCUGAUUGUUCUUAAGCCCUUCUGUUGGAUGGGUGGGAUCUAUCGGAUACAUCCAUCUUCAAUUUGGCACUAGGGUAUCAUUUCAGUGGUCUCAACAGAACUGGGUCCCUUACUCUUUGUAGACUGGAUUAUAUAAUAAACCAUGUCUAGAAUUUGGCUUAUGAUUAGCUGCCAAUAGUUGAUUACAUUGAAUAGAAGCAAUGUGAAUAUUGAUUUUUAUUGUUGGGUUUUGGCACUGCCUUUACAUGGAAACAGUGUUUUGGGUUCCCAGUUGUGUUUCUUUAUAAGUUUUCACCACUUGAUUAUGUAUAUAUGCAGAUCAGUUUCACAACAUUGUCAUAUUAACGUUGAGGAAAUAUAUUUACAUAGUUAAUUGGGCUAUUUUAGUUUAUUGUAGGCCAUAGUUGGAAGCUUAUAGAGGGUGCAGCCCUCCACAACAAUUUGAACCUCCACUGCCAGGAAGCUUGGGGUCUGCUUUAGCUGUAAUACUUUGUCUUUAGCUUGGUUGACCAAAUUUAGGUUGGGCUAGCGUUUCCAACAUGGCGACCACCAUCAUUCGACUUUAGAGCCUUUCUUCUGAAUGCAGUUUUUGAUACUGAUCAAAGUCACACUGAGGAGCAUAAAGCUAAUAUAAAUUAGUCUGUCGUAGAAAUGUUCUCUAUAUAGGUGUCAAACUAGCAUAGGAUGAAUUAAGCUGUAUCAUGUUGUCACAAAGCUGCAAAGAGUUUAUGUCAUAGUCUUAAAUUGGUGAAUAGCUUACAUGAAAACUAAGGGACUGUUGGUUUAUUCAGCUUUGGAGGAUAAUUUUUAAUUCCCUAAUGCAGCUCUGGGGAUUCCUCUUGAUAGUUAUGCAGUUGAAACCACAAAGUCUUGGUUCUGCACGUUACUGCCAAAUGGGCAAUGGCAUCACACUUUGAUGCUGAUCCCAUCUGACCAUUUGCAGCCAGAGGUCAACUCAGGCUCGCUGUUUGCUCGGCUGCUGUCCGUCCUUCAGCUGGUGAAGAUGAAGAUGUGGACUGGCUCUGCAGGAAUUAAGUUCUGCCUAGAGUAAAGCGACUCUCUUCUGUCACGUUUUGUUGCCAUCAGUCUGUCAAAGAAAAGCUUUGCUGCUAACAAAAGAGAAGAGCAGCUCACUGUAUGGUCCGUGUACUUUGUAUACGUUGAGCCACUUUGCAUGCUGGUUAGAUAAACAAGUAAAGAUGUGAUCUCUCAUGAGCAUGGCGGAGUGUACUCUGCCCCUGGGUUGAAAAAUGCAAACCUGCUUAAGUGCUGAGUUUUGCAUCAAAAAGCAAAGUUUGUUCAACUUAAAAAUCACAUCUUAUUAUCUUUGCACCUGCAGGAUUAGAGCAUGUCACAGCUAUUGUUCCUCUUGAGCAGUAUUUCUUUAUUGCUAUUUUACUCGUCUAAGAUGAUGCAUUGGUUGGACGCUCUAAGGGGGCAGAUCUUAAUCUAUAGGCUUCAGGAUAUAUUCCAUGUUAUAGUGAAAUCUGUAACUAUAUAUCAUAAGAUAGAAGGUAGACAUUGUGACUGACAUUAUUUUGAAAAAAGUACAGGCUCAAAUAUGGUACAUGGUAAAGAUGUGUAUAUUUCAUUCUCACUGUUGAGUGCCAGGUAAUACCGGCUUUAAGUGGCCAUUUGUCCAUCUGCUUAAGGAAUGAUUCAAGAUGUUCCCAAGCACUUAACAGGCUGAGAUAAUCAUCGCUCAAGAAGAGAUCUCUUGUUUCCUGAGCAGACCAACGUGGCCCACCAACAUGCAGUAAGAAAUCAAACAAAUGAGUGAUUACAUCUGAUUAGACUGAUUACUGUAAGGCCUAUCCAGGGAUUGCAUUGCAUGCUGUCACUGCGGCUUAGAUGUGUGUUUCUAAGUGGAUUAUAUCUGUGUACUUUUUUGUCCAGAGAUUGUUCUGUCACCGCCAGGUUUUAUUUACAGCACCUCUUGGCCUUUUUUAGUGGCUUGCUGCUCAUCCUGCACUUUGGCACAGUAACUCUGAUUGAGUUAAGGAAACAAAAAUCCAGGGAAUACAACUACACGCACCAGACUGAACCAUGUCUGUGUGCACACAUGCACACUUCCAGCAUAUUGUGCAUGGACCUGCAAUUGUAAAUGUGACAGUGUAAACACACACUUUAAUGAGACAGUGAGACACCAGCUCACUGGCACAAGUGUGCCGACUCAUCCUCAGACUGCAAACUCAGGAUUACGUAACCAGUAAAAUCUCCUGGAGCAGCUAAUACAGAUCCAAGUUCCACAGCAGGUUAUCCAGCAGCUUUACACAACACUGUCAGUGGGGGAGGGGAGGGUCUGUGGAGCAGCAUCCCAAGUUAUUCUGCACUGGUUUUCAAAGGAUUCACGCAGGCUCAUGUACAAGCAUAAGCACCAGUGAUGAAUUAUGCACCGUUCUGUUUAACACGACCGUAAGAUGUCGUCUGAGUCUGCUCAUUUAUUCCACUGCUGUGUAUGUGUGGCUGGUUUAUUACCUCAGGCGUGCGUCUUACAAUCUUGUUUCCUGUUAGGCUUUUGUGGUGUUUUUGUCGGCUUUAUUACUUGGUUUGCUUACUCUUCCAGAUUUGAACACCUUUAUUUUGGGUAUCUCAGAUAACCUGAAUGGUUUGACUGAAUAACAAACUGGGCCAACACCCAGCAUCUCACUCAGCACCUCACCCUGAGAUAACAAUCACGCACGAGAAAGAUAUGCUGGAGAUGCCCUACCUACCUAACUGAACAGCACAUGCAAAUUGUCCCAGCUGUAUACAGUGAUUAUGUUGUCAUACGUUUGUGAUGUUCUUGUAACAUAUGAUCUAGUACAUAUUUUUAUAGCACAAGGAACACCUGAUUUAUAGCCCUACAAGUACGCACUGCAUAUGAUUUAUAUCAUGACCCCGACUUGUGGGUGAAUUUUCAGUUUUAAUUUGGAUAACAAGCUUUAAGGACAUUAAAAUCUGAAAUUCAUGGGGUAGUUUUGGGCCACCUAUUAAUCUCUUAGAAAUAAAACCACUUCUGCUGCUGUUGAGAGGAGAUCUCAGCUGAAGGAGAGCGGCGUGUUUCUAACCCAAGCACAAAAUCUGUGCUGAUUCUGUUGCCGCUCCGUGCUGAUCCUCCCCAAAAGAGCUCUGACGUUGUCGUUUUCAUUUGUGCUGCCUCGGCCCGCUUGGACAAACAGCCGAGUCAAGCCUCUUGCCACACCUCUUAAAUUUAUUGUCCAGAGUCGGCAUAAGUCAGGAUCAGAGGGGCUCGUUUAGUUAUUUCCCUCAUGUCUGAAGCUUUUUUUUUUUUGCAGUCAUACACCUUUUUUUUUUUGUAACUUUUGGAGUAUCUUUGUUUGGUGACUGAGUGCAAUGAAAAGUUAAUAAAAUUGUCAGUAGAAAUUAUGCAAUCUUUCUGAUUUAUUUUAACCCUCUUCUUAAAUUUAAUUAAAAAAAUCCUAUUUACAGCUAGGUGUUAGUCCUGCUUUUAUUAUGCAGGUAUACUUUUAGUAACUGAGUUUUCAUAUGGGAGGUGUUGCAUAUAGCCUUUUUACUCAUGUUGUGCAGAUGUUCAGUUUAGUGAUUGACUGAUACUGAUACCAAUAAUGAAGGAGCAUGUUGGCCAAUCACUGACACGUAUCACUAAUGUGACAUUGUUGUUUUUUAAUGUGAUAAUACUAACAAAUGAGAAACAUAGGUGGCAAACUUCAGUGAAUGUUACCUUUGUGUGUGAAAGAAGGUAAAAAGGUGCCUGACAUACUGGCAUGAGGAGGAUUAACGGUCAGCAAGAAGGUCAUUGAAUGCCAUUACAUGUAGUCUUUUGUUUGGCUAAGUAUCUAAAUGACAUACGCCUACUAAACUAUAAAAAAAAAAGAACAUACAAAAAGUUUAAACCCUUGUGUUUGAAUUGCUGGAUGGUGACAUUGUUUUGGCAGUUUUGUGGAUUGCUGCUUCUCUAGAUUCCAAUGACGUCUCUAUUUUCACAAAAGAGAUCAAUCACGUAGCCGCUGUAAUUGAAAAAAGGAUCAGACGGGAGAUGUAAGAAGAUGUUUGACAGAAAAUGUCCCGAUUCUUGAUACUGACAUUAGCCCGAAGUGUUUGUUCCAAAACAAAGACUUGAAGUGGGUAUAGAAGAGCCAGAAAUGUCUGCAGCUCGCUGCUGUUUGGGGGAUGCUGAGUAUUGAUCUAUGACUCUGUUGUGCCUCCACAAUAAGUCAUUUCGUUUUUGCUUUCUGUCUGUGGGUAACAAAAAAACUUACAUCGCAUCUAUGCUAGUUUUAUUUCUCAAGUACAAAGAAGUGAGAAAUCCUGUCCUGAGGGCGACUUUGGGAAAUCUGAAUCCUGAAGGUCAGUGGGAGAGCUGUAGCAGCAGAGACAUCGGGGAGCUUGAAGGGACGAUGUGAAUUCACACUGAUGUCUGAAAUAGAGUCCUAUGACUGCAGACACAGCCGGGCUGCAGCUGGCACUUCACAGUUUUAGCAAAGAUAACAGCAGCACCACCCCCACCACCUCCACCAACCUGACAGCCUUGACCAUGCCCUUGGGUUUCUUUGCCCUUUUAUGAUGUUUUCUGACAGCAGGGUAAUUCAUCUUCUAAACCUGCUGGAAUAGCCAUGCUCAUCCUACCCUUUGGCGUUGUCUGGUUGCACACGAUGAUAAUGUAACACCAGAGCCUUAAAAUACCUCUGUGCAUUGUCUGGACAAUAAGGAAACAUAAAUGCAGCUAUCAUUGGGGUAGUGCCAACAUCAGGAGUCUUUGUCCUGGUAUUGAAUGUAAGAUUCACAAAAUAAAAAUAAAAAAUUACGUUAGAUUCUGUGUAGUUUGCAGAAAACUGUUGCCUAGCUUGCGUUUUGAUUUCCUUAUCAGUUUCUCAUGAAAGGGCUGAGGUGACCCGCUUCCAUAGAGACUGAUGCACUUGUUAAUGACACGUAACUCAUAAAACCCACUUCAAAAAUGCUCAGUGCACAAACACAGCAGACAACAGGAUGGUUGUCAAGAUAAACAUCACCAGUUGCUUAGCUACCUGUACAUUCAUUAUGGUUGCAAAGUCUUUUCAUCUCUUUGUCAAACUGUGGUAUGUUUUACAGGACACAUUUGCCGAACACUUGUGUCGCCACUAAUCAACAGGUCGAUCCACCAUUUCCGACAUCCAUCUAAAUUUGUGCUUCAUGUUUAUUAAUGCCGUCAUGGCUGUGUUUGUUGUGCUUCCCUCUUCAGACAGCUUGCUUACUGGCUGUUCACAUGAUGAUCUACAGAGUGUUUGCUUGGCUGAUCUAAACAUGGAGUAUAUUUAUUAUUUACUAUUCCAUAUUGAGUGUUCUUAAUCUACUGACAUAUUCUCAAAACAUGAAGUCAACACAAAGAUUUAUAUUUUACACAUUUGCUGUAAAAACUUUCCAAGGAACUCUGUCAUUUCAAGAACAGAACAAAUCGGACACCAAAACAUGAUGAAGGUCCAAAAUUUGGGGGUCUUGUGGUUACAGAUUAUAGAUGUGAAGUCGUGACACCAUUUUCCAUGCAUUUGCUUUUUUUACAGUCUGGCUAGACCAAAAAUGAAAUCCUUUAGGGAUAUAGAGCAAGCAUGCAGAUAUUUGUUUACAGACAUCAGUUAAGCUAAAUCGUUGUUGGAUGGCUGCCGACGGUUUAAGGGAUUGCAUUAUGGUGGAUUGCAUUCUGUGCCUUUUGCUCUCUACAUGGACUGUUUUCAUGCUAAAAUGAUACCGCUCAUGCUACAACUGAAACCCAAAUCACUUUAUAUGCCAAUAUCCGUACCCACACCUACAGACUCUACAUUCACAUGCAUAAUCUGUCAAACAUAAUGGCCCUCGAAUAUCCCCUGAAGUCUCAUUUGUAGGUUGAAGAAUCAAUUUUGUGUUUUUUGCUUUUGCUGCUGUGGUUAAAAAAAUCUGUUUGGCUAUUAUUAGACAUAAUGAGCAUAUUGCACACUGCAGCACCACAGCUUAGACUAUGUAUCACCCUGACCUCUUGACCCCCAGCUCAGCCAGUAGCACACUGAAGAGGAUACUAAGAUUGUUUCUCCUCCUCAGACCUCUUUGACCUCCCUUCAGUAUGUAGGCCGCUGUGUUAAGUGUUGCUCUGUUCUUCCCUCCUUUGUGUGUAGUUGUUAAACAGUGAUGUCAUUCUGCAGUCCAGCACCGUUGUCAUUCUGUGAAAGCAGCUAUUUGACUUUGACUGCACUGCUUUGUCCUUUGUUGAGUGGAGGUGGCCUAAAUCAGUCUGUGGGCAUCCUGCAGGAACAGGAAGGUGGUACCCUUCAUUCUCUGAAUACUGACACACAAUGAUGUCCUUUAUUAUACAAACUGCCGGGUCUGUGUGUGCGGUCCAGUCACUGGCUGCCUGAUAACUGCUGCAUCAGCAAGAGUUUAUGCUACACAUUUAAGCAAGUGGCAAUCUUAAUGCAGAAGCUAAUGCUGAUGUACUGAUAACUGCAGUACCUUAAGUGUCCACUAGAGGCUGGUUUCAAAAGUCAAGGAAGUCCCAUUCACACUCAUGCUAAAAUGCUUUUUUAAAUAUGUCAUGAGAGCAGUAAUAAACAUGUUGGCAGCACGGUUCUGGCUUGAGAAGCUGUUUCUAAUGAUGCGUUCCAGUUACCUCGGAAGUCGGAUGUUGGAAGUUGGAAAACCAAGAUGGACGCCUACUGUUAGCCAUUGUUAGCUGUUGUUAACAAUUGUCAGCUGUUGUUAACUGUUGUCAGUUGUUGUUAGCGGUUAUCGACUGUUGUUCGCCUUUGUCAGCUGUUGUUAGUUGUCGUUAGUUAUACCAGUUGUAAACAACGCAUAACACAGUAUUUUACUCUUAAGAACAACAUAGCACCGUGUUUACAGUUGGGCAGUACAACGUAUACCACUUAUUUAAUUUCACAAAAACAAAACAGAAGUGCUAAUAAAUAAUACAUUACGAGAGCCUUUAAUAUUAUUCUUUACUGUUGAUGUUGCCAUCUUGAAUUAUGACGUUGUCGUGAAGUGGGUUUGGUGAAGAUCGUCCGACUUUCCGAGUCGGAAAUCCUACUUAAGGGGGGCAUUCCAGAUGAACUUCCAACUCGGAUCUCGAAAAUCCCGACUUCCAAGUACAACUGGAACGCAGUAUAACACAAUUUUUUUAAAAAUCUUAUAUAUACUUUCCAAAGGGUGAAUGUCUUUAUUACUUGUUUUUAUGACAGGUGUUAAGGUUAUGAGUUUUGCAUAAAUACACAUAAUGAUGGGCGUGGCUGUCUCGACUGUCAGGUGAACCCAUGGAAGAGGGACUUAAGAGACUCACCUCUGCCUCUUGCGGGUUAGACUGAAAUGUAGAUGAGUCAGCUUUCCCAGCAGGGCAACCGCCAUCAUUGGGCUUUAAAUGUGUACUUUAAUCAAUGUUGAUGGAUCCACCUAUGUAUACAUGUGCAUAUGGACAUUAAGAUGUUUAUAAUCUGGUGUUUUGUGUCUUCUGUAUUUUUGUGUGCUUCAUGGGGUUCAUAAUCUUCUGUAGGAAUGUAGGGAAAGAGCAGGGAGGGGGAGGGGGAGGGGAGGCUACAGCAUAAACCGGUAAUAUUGACCUGCACUUAGGACACUCAUCUAUCAGCAAGACAGUUACAUUUCUGUUGUCAGUUUUGUAUUGAUCGAAGUGUAACUGCUGUUUAAUAUUCAGCUUUGAAUGUCAGACUCCUUCUUCUGGCUGCCACAAUAUAAGCUAUUACAAGCCAAGAGUCUAGGAGUUACUGUAUUGAAUUAAUGUUUCUUAGGCACAGACAGAGUCAACAAAGAUGCAGGUAACAGUUUGGUUUUCCAUUAUACCUUGUCCUCCUCUCAGCAAAAUGCCUCAUUUUUUCCCUCUGACUUACUGAGCCACACACCUCAUCAGCAAAACUAUGUUUUUCUGUUUUUUUCUCUGUGCCCUGCUGAAGCUGCUGAACAGGACAGGAUUGGUUGCUGUUCGCAGGUUUGCUUCUGUCACGCUUCUGUGAGAAAUGUUUGCGUUAGUGGUGUAAGCUGUGCACAGGCAACUUGACCAACAUGCAUUUCAACUGUAGUGUGAACAGCAAAGGAAAAUACUCUGAAUUUUUAGCUCAUCUUUUGCCAGAGAAAACGUUACUCACUGGUGGCAUUAAACAGAGAAAAUGCUGUUAUAUUUAGGAUUGGGUAGUUCUUUGAAUUUGGUGAUUAAUUCCACAGUAAUGAUGGUCUUUAAAUUAUCCCUAAACAGCAGCACAAAAACAACAGCACAGAAUUGGGACAUGACUCUUGGGCUUGUUUUACGCAACUCAUCAUUCCCCAGGGCUGUUGGUCCCAGGGCUCCCCGAACGCUUCAUCCUUGGAGCCUUUGUACACUUUUUUAUGCUUGAAUUUGUUGUCUUAAAUGCAGUUGGAGUAGAAUAUAUGCUUAUUUUCAGCAUCAGCAUGCACACUUACACACAAAUCUGCCUGUGGCCACUGAAGACUCAUCUGUGGGUUUGUGCCUGUUUUUUGGCCCCUGCAUCCUGACGUCAGAUAAGUUAUUUUCCUGAACUUUUUUUGGCUCGUGAGGCUCCAAACUAUAACUCUGCUCCCCGUCCAACUAACCAAAGAAUGUUUCAGAGCAAAGCUGUUCUUCUUCCAGGCAGCCAGCACACCCCACUCCACUGUUGGUCCUACUCAGCAUCCAGUCCGUCAAGUUAGGCCACCUGCGCUUUGUAAUUGUGCUGAGCUCUGGGGAAAUGCUUUUCUUUAGAUUCAGCUCGACCAGGUGGUGCUACAGCACAAGUGCGCCAUUUAAUGUGACACAGCAGUGAUCUCCGACAAGUCAAUUAAGGCAAACAGCCGUCACAGGGGCAGUGGGAAGUGGAACUGAAUAGAAGCAAUAACUGCAAACUGAAAGCUAAGCAUUUAGCGACAGUUGGAGCUGGACACAAAUCAUUAAAUCAUUACUCCAGGCAUGGCUUGUAGAGUCAUUACAGCUUUUGUUUGCUUUCUGUCAACAGUGUGUUGUACUCAUGGUGGAGCAGGUGGAGAAGCAGACUUUGAUUUCUACCACACUUUCGCAGGAUGCACACUUAAGAAACUUACAAUAAGCUGCACAGUGUUCACAUAAAGAUGAAAAAAUCAUCAUCGUAACCUGCAUAACUUGGCAAUUAAAGAGCCCCAAACAGGGUGUGUGCUAAUCUUUUUGUGUCUUUUGUGCUUGCAGGAAGAAGUCCUUUCUGUUCUCUGCACUCUACGCUGCCUUUAUCCUCGGGGGCCGCCAUGUCAUGAAACAGAGGGAGAAGUUUGAGCUGAGGAAACCACUGGUGCUAUGGUCGCUCACACUUGCUGUAUUUAGGUGAGAAAGCAUGGACAUUACGGUAGCCGAAAACAGAAAUUUAAGAAAGUAGGAAAAGCUUUAUUAAAUAGGCGAUCAGUGUGUCCAGGAAAUCCAAGCUAAUAUUGAACACUUUUUUUGACAUUGGCUUGGAGAGUUCUUAGGUGAGUUCUUAUUUCUGUUAAACUCUCUUUCCUUUAGUAUUUUUGGUGCCAUUCGUACUGGGAGCUACAUGACAUACAUCCUCAUGACAAAAGGGCUUAAACAGUCAGUUUGUGACCAGAGCUUCUACAACGGGCCAGUCAGCAAGUUCUGGGCAUACGCCUUUGUACUCAGUAAAGCACCAGAACUAGGUAAGUAAGUCUUUUUAUGGCAGAAUACGUAUAUAUGAAUUAUACAUGUUAUUUUCCAAUAAACAUCGCCCUGAUAAGCUCUGAAGUUAUGUGAAGUUGAAAAAGUACAAUCAUCAAUUCAUUACAAAGGUUUUGAUGUCAAAGUGUGAUGAAGCAUAAAACUGAAUGUUUCCAAGAUGUAACCUCAAAUAUCGCAUGCUUCAGCUGGUUCACAGUGCUGGCAGUUUGCCACCAUGUCAAACAUGAGUAUGUGUACUACCGUUCAUCAAGUGUGAAUGGAUAAAACAUAAGCUCACAUUACGGAGCAUAAAAAUGAUACAGUGAUGAGGAUUCCUGAGACUUGCUGAAGUCUGUGAAUUCAGCUAUAAUGUAAACAGACUGUUUGAAACCCUGGCAACCACCGAAACAAAAUACAUAACUAGGACCCCGUUGGGGCACUGGCGGGCCCGAGCUGUGUCGCGCCCCCCCCCCAACGCGCUGCCUCCCCGUCCCAUUUGUGUCCUCUGGCCAUCGCCCUCUCUGGUAACGCCCAUCACUGCAAAGACCCUUUUCCUUCAUCGGCGUUUGCUGUUCUUCCUGCCAGUGCGUGUUGCUUUCACUUACACUUGCCACAGCCAGCCUCUUGAGUGCCUAGCCUAUUGGAUAUCACUGUCACCUACUCAGGACAGUCAUUAUUAAUACUUUGUUUUUUAAUUUCACAUUAAUUUCCAUAUUGUAUAAACAACUGGAAAAAACUUGAGCCCCUGCCCCUGUAUAAUCAUGUGCACGUCUCUGUUCUAGCUCUAAGGUGAAUCUUCACUGCUCAUGUUCUCCUCAGAAGCAGUCACCUCAUUCCCCUCAGGUUACUGUACACAUGCACCAACUGCCUGCUUCAGGUUUGGAUGGAGCUUCAUGGUUGUCUUUUGGAGAAAUGACCAGUCAAGUUGUGUUUGAAAUUUGAUUUUUUUCAGGGGCAAAAGGAGCCUCUGCAUUCUUGUCAAAUAUGUAAAUAGCAUGUUUUUGCAGGUGCUAAAAACCAGACUCUGAGUGUGUGUGUGUGUGUGUGUGUGUGUGUGUGUGUGUGCGUGUGUGUGUGUCUGUGUGUGCGUUCAAGUCACAUGACAUAUUUAACCGGAUGUAGCUGCAAGACGGAGCCUCGUUGACUCCGUUUCAACUUAUCUCAAAAGUGAGGACCUCAACCUAUAUACCAGUUUUUAAAUUGUGUUGAUAGGCCAAAUAAAACCAGAGUUAUGAUAAAUUAUGUCCGCGAUACUUUUUUUCUGCUUAUUUUGAUCACGUUCGGCGCUCGAUCGCGCUGUAUGAGACAGGAAAACAUAGCAUGCAGACAUUAGCGACAGGUCUUACAGGCGGAAAAGGCUUGCCAAAGGAAAAAAAAAACACACCACAACAUCUCUCCUAUUGGUGGAAAACUUCACCACAACAACCAAUCCAAAAUUAUAUGGUGACUGAUUGACAAGGGGCGGGCGCUUACGUUCUUCCUGCAAUAUGAGAAGGGAGGGAGGGACUCUCAGCAGGGAUGCAGUCUGGGACACGUAGUUGCAAACCUAGCGACUUUGUUGUUAGAUUCAAUGACUUUUCAGACCCCCUAACGACUUUUUUUUUUAGAAAGAAAGUGACUUUUAUCGACUUCUUCUGGAGUUUAGAGACUCUGACAUGAAGCAGGCUUUCCUUACUGAGGAGUUAGCAACGCUGCUAAGGGUGCAGAGCCACACAUGCGCUCAGAGCUCUGCAUGGGAGACUGAAGCUGACAGAGCUGCAGCAGUUAGCAGGUUUCACCCUCAGAGACCACCAGGGGUUCAUGUUGAGGCAUUUUCAGUUUUUUUUUUUUUUUUUUGCCAUAGACACUGUCAACACAAUCUGCAGUUACACUAACAAAAAUGCUGCAAAAAACAAAGAAUUAUGGAAAAAUUACACAUGGACUAACAUAGAGGAGGAUAUACACAAGUUUUUUACAUCAUGUUUUACAUCAUGCAUCAUUUACAUCAUGUUUUUUUGUAGUGGCAUAAAUAAAAAGUGACAUUUGUGAGACUAUACAGUGUUUUGUAAAUAAUUUUACAAAGAACACCUGGGCCAUUGCCUGCAUUUUGAUGUAAAUAGAGGUAAAUUACUAUGUUCUUUGUUAAAAAUUUGCAUAUGUUUUGAAGUUUACAAUUUUUAUUUGAAGUUUAAGUUUUAAAAACAGUUCAUCACACAUAUUUGUGGUUUUCACAGUAAAAACGUUACUUUUUUCCACUCGGAUUUUAUGUUUUGUGUGUGAAUUUGGGUCCAAUGUGUAAAUAUAGUAUGUCAAAAUGAUAAAAUAACUGUAAAUUGACACAGGUGAGGUUGUGCUGAAAAAAAUGAUACCAGGCAAGGCAAGGUAAAAAUUUUGUAAGAGGAAAUAUAAAGGUAAAAUCUAAAGUAGUCAAAAACGGCCAAUAGUGACUCACAGACUCCACAGACAAGUCCCUUUGGCGCCACUCAGUGGGCAAAACUACUUUGUCUACUGUAAUGUAUAUUUGGGUCAUCUUUGGCGCCCCCUAAAACGUAAACCGUGGGGUGCAGCGUCAUGAUUUUUACAACUUUGAAUGGCCAUGGAGUGUAGAUUGGCCUGAGCAAAUUUGGUGUCAGUGGGACGAAAGCCUUAGGAGGAGUUAGCGAAAUUCCAAUGUGUGCGAAUCGGCAAAAAAUGCAAAAUAGCCCUUUUACCGUACAUUAUACAGAUACGCGCUCUUUGACUUUUUCGUAGAUCUAAUUGAGAUACACAUGAUUGUCAAUUUUUGUGUCAUUUUGCCAAAGCGUACAGGCGUGACAGUCAACAAUGUGUAUUUUCACCUUAGGGGACAAGAAAAAAUGGACUUUUUUCUCCUGCCAUGGGGGGGCGCUCUUUUAGGGAGUAAAAAUUCCUUCACAAAUGUGUUGAUGGCUGGACAUUGCAUCAUCCUAGAAAACUUGGAGGCCAGUGAGGACAAAAAUAAAAAGUUAUAAGACUUUUAAAAAUGUGGAUUUUUGGGUUAUCUUUGGCGCCCCCUAGAACGUAAACCGUGGGGUGCAGCGUCAUGAUUUGAAUAACUUUUAAUGGCCAUGGGGUGUAGAUUGGCCUGAGCAAAUGUGGUGCCGGUGGAACGAAAGCCUUCGGAGGAGUUAGCGAAAUUCCAAUGUGUGCGAAUCGGCAAAAAAUGCGGAAUAACCCUUUAACCGUACAUUUGACAGAUACGCGCGCAUUGACUUUUUUGUAGAUCUUAUUGAGAUACAUGUGUGUGUCAAUUUUUGUGUCAUUUUGACAAAGCGUACAGGCGUGACACUCAACAAUGUGUAUUUUCACCUUAGGGGACAAGAAAAAAUGGACUUUUUUCUCCUGCCAUGGGGGGGCGCUCUUUUGGGGAGUAAAAAUUCCUUCACAAAUGUGUUGAUGGCUGGACAUUGCAUCAUCCUAGAAAACUUGGAGGCCAGUGAGGGCAAAAAUAAAAAGUUAUAAGACUUUUAAAUAUGUGGAUUUUAGGGUUAUCUUUGGCGCCCCCUAGAACCUAAACCGUGGGGUGCAGCGUCAUGAUUUGAAUAACUUUUAAUGGCCAUGGGGUGUAGAUUGGCCUGAGCAAAUGUGGUGCCGGUGGAACGAAAGCCUUCGGAGGAGUUAGCGAAAUUCCAAUGUGUGCGGAUCGGCAAAAAAUGCGAAAUAACCCUUUAACCGUACAUUUGACAGAUACGCCCGCACUGACUUUUUUGUAGAUCUUAUUGAGAUACAUGUGUGUGUCAAAUUUUGUGUCAUUUUGACAAAGCGUACAGGCGUGACACUCAAUAGUGUGAAUUUUCACCUUAGGGGGCGCUAUGGAGCCAUUUUGCAUUUUCUUGUUUGGGCGACUUCGGAAUAUCAAAUUUUUCACCAGGCCCGGUCGUCCUGCCAAAUUUCAUGAGUUUUCGCCAGUGGGAAGUGGGCCAUUUUCCAGUUCAAAGGGGAGGAAAAAUAAUAAUAAUAAUAAUAAUAACAAAAGAAGGAAACUACAGGAACAAGAGGGCUCUCGCAGCUGCUUAGCAGCUACGCUCGGGCCCUAAUAAUAACACUAGGGCCCCGUUGGGGCACUGGCGGGCCCGAGCCGUGUCACGCCGCCCCCAGCGCGACCGCCUCCCCCACCCGAUCGCGUCACACUCAAGGUCCAAAGAUGGUGUGCGCACUUGUUUGUGGUCAUUUACCAUUAUAAUGAACGGGAGGCGCAGUUUCUACCAAAACGCUCGCUGCAGAAAAACUCCAUGUCCUAUUUGAAAAAAGUCUGGACCAUGAGUGAGGGCACAAACACAGCUAAGAUAUAUCCAAAUGGCAAGUUGCUCCUCCUUUCGCUUUUGCCGAGAGAGCAGUGCGUUUGAGCCAUUGAAUGAUGAACAGGAAAAACUUGACUUUAUUCUCCUGCCAUGGGGGGGCGCUCUUUUAAAGAGAAAAAACUCCUUCACAAAUGUGUUGAUGGCUGGACAUUGCAUCAUCCUAGAAAACAUGGAGGCCAGUGAGGACAAAAAUAAAAAGUUAUAAGACUUUUAAAUAUGUGGAUUUUAGGGUUAUCUUUGGCCCCCCUAGAACCUAAACCGUGGGGUGCAGCGUCAUGAUUUGAAUAACUUUUAAUGGCCAUGGGGUGUAGAUUGGCCUGAGCAAAUGUGGUGCCGGUGGAACGAAAGCCUUCGGAGGAAUUAGCGAAAUUCCAAUGUGUGCGAAUCUGCAAAAAAUGCGAAAUAACCCUUUAACCGUACAUUUUACAGAUACGUGGCCAUUGACUUUUUCGAAGAUCUUAUUGAAAUACACGUGUAUGUAAAAUUUUGUGUCAAUACGACAAAACAUACAGGCGUAGCACUCAACAAUGUGUAUUUUCACCUUAGUGGACAAGAAAAAAUUGACUUUUUUCUCCUGCCAUGGGGGGCGCUCUUUUGCCGAGUAAAAAUUCCUUCACAAAUGUGUUGAUGGCUGGACAUUGCAUCAUCCUAGAAAACUUGGAGGCCAGUGGGGACAAAAAUAAAAAGUUAUAAGACUUUUAAAUAUGUGGAUUUUACGGUUAUCUUUGGCUCCCCCUAGAACCUAAACCGUGGGGUGCAGCGUCAUGAUUUGAAUAACUUUUAAUGGCCAUGGGGUGUAGAUUGGCCUGAGCAAAUGUGGUGCCGGUGGAACGAAAGCCUUCGGAGGAGUUAGCGAAAUUCCAAUGUGUGCGGAUCGGCAAAAAAUGCGGAAUAACCCUUUAACCGUACAUUUGACAGAUACGCGCGCAUUGACUUUUUCGUAGAUCUUAUUGAGAUACAUGUGUGUGUCAAUUUUUGUGUCAUUUUGCCAAAGCGUACAGGUGUUACACUCAACAAUGUGUAUUUUCACCUUAGGGGACAAGAAAAAAUGGACUUUUUUCUCCUGCCAUGGGGGGCGCUCUUUUGGGGAGUAAAAAUUCCUUCACAAAUGUGUUGAUGGCUGGACAUUGCAUCAUCCUAGAAAACUUGGAGGCCAGUGAGGGCAAAAAUAAAAAGUUAUAAGACUUUUAAAUAUGUGGAUCUUAGGGUUAUCUUUGGCGCCCCCUAGAACCUAAACCGUGGGGUGCAGCGUCAUGAUUUGAAUAACUUUUAAUGGCCAUGGGGUGUAGAUUGGCCUGAGCAAAUGUGGUGCCGGUGGAACGAAAGCCUUCGGAGGAGUUAGCGAAAUUCCAAUGUGUGCGGAUCGGCAAAAAAUGCGAAAUAACCCUUUAACCGUACAUUUGACAGAUACGCCCGCACUGACUUUUUUGUAGAUCUUAUUGAGAUACAUGUGUGUGUCAAUUUUUGUGUCAUUUUGACAAAGCGUACAGGCGUGACAGUCAAUAGUGUGAAUUUUCACCUUAGGGGGCGCUAUGGAGCCAUUUUGCAUUUUCUUGUUUGGGCGACUUCGGAAUAUCAAAUUUUUCACCAGGCCCGGUCGUCCUGCCAAAUUUCAUGAGUUUUCGCCAGUGGGAAGUGGGCCAUUUUCCAGUUCAAAGGGGAGGAAAAAUAAUAAUAACUAGGGCCCCGUUGGGGCACUGGCGGGCCCGAGCCGUGUCACGCCGCCCCCAGCGCGACCGCCUCCCCCACCCGAUCGCGUCACACUCAAGGUCCAAAGAUGGUGUGCGCACUUGUUUGUGGUCAUUUACCAUUAUAAUGAACGGGAGGCGCAGUUUCUACCAAAACGCUCGCUGCAGAAAAACUCCAUGUCCUAUUUGAAAAAAGUCUGGACCAUGAGUGAGGGCACAAACACAGCUAAGAUAUAUCCAAAUGGCAAGUUGCUCCUCCUUUCGCUUUUGCCGAGAGAGCAGUGCGUUUGAGCCAUUGAAUGAUGAACAGGAAAAAAUGGACUUUUUUCUCCUGCCAUGGGGGGGCGCUCUUUUGGGGAGUAAAAAUUCCUUCACAAAUGUGUUGAUGGCUGGACAUUGCAUCAUCCUAGAAAACAUGGAGGCCAGUGAGGACAAAAAUAAAAAGUUAUAAGACUUUUAAAUAUGUGGAUUUUAGGGUUAUAUUUGGCGCCCCCUAGAACCUAAACCGUGGGGUGCAGCGUCAUGAUUUGAAUAACUUUUAAUGGCCAUGGGGUGUAGAUUGGCCUGAGCAAAUGUGGUGCCGGUGGAACGAAAGCCUUCGGAGGAAUUAGCGAAAUUCCAAUGUGUGCGAAUCUGCAAAAAAUGCGAAAUAACCCUUUAACCGUACAUUUUACAGAUACGUGGCCAUUGACUUUUUCGAAGAUCUUAUGUAAAUACACGUGUAUGUAAAAUUUUGUGUCAAUACGACAAAACAUACAGGCGUAGCAUUCAACAAUGUGUAUUUUCACCUUAGUGGACAAGAAAAAAUUGACUUUUUUCUCCUGCCAUGGGGGGCGCUCUUUUGCCGAGUAAAAAUUCCUUCACAAAUGUGUUGAUGGCUGGACAUUGCAUCAUCCUAGAAAACUUGGAGGCCAGUGGGGACAAAAAUAAAAAGUUAUAAGACUUUUAAAUAUGUGGAUUUUACGGUUAUCUUUGGCUCCCCCUAGAACCUAAACCGUGGGGUGCAGCGUCAUGAUUUGAAUAACUUUUAAUGGCCAUGGGGUGUAGAUUGGCCUGAGCAAAUGUGGUGCCGGUGGAACGAAAGCCUUCGGAGGAGUUAGCGAAAUUCCAAUGUGUGCGGAUCGGCAAAAAAUGCGGAAUAACCCUUUGACCAUACAUUUGACAGAUACGCGCGCAUUGACUUUUUCGUAGAUCUUAUUGAGAUACAUGUGUGUGUCAAUUUUUGUGUCAUUUUGCCAAAGCGUACAGGUGUUACACUCAACAAUGUGUAUUUUCACCUUAGGGGACAAGAAAAAAUGGACUUUUUUCUCCUGCCAUGGGGGGGCGCUCUUUUGGGGAGUAAAAAUUCCUUCACAAAUGUGUUGAUGGCUGGACAUUGCAUCAUCCUAGAAAACUUGGAGGCCAGUGAGGGCAAAAAUAAAAAGUUAUAAGACUUUUAAAUAUGUGGAUCUUAGGGUUAUCUUUGGCGCCCCCUAGAACCUAAACCGUGGGGUGCAGCGUCAUGAUUUGAAUAACUUUUAAUGGCCAUGGGGUGUAGAUUGGCCUGAGCAAAUGUGGUGCCGGUGGAACGAAAGCCUUCGGAGGAGUUAGCGAAAUUCCAAUGUGUGCGGAUCGGCAAAAAAUGCGAAAUAACCCUUUAACCGUACAUUUGACUGAUACGCCCGCACUGACUUUUUUGUAGAUCUUAUUGAGAUACAUGUGUGUGUCAAUUUUUGUGUCAUUUUGACAAAGCGUACCGGCGUGACAGUGAAUAGUGUGAAUUUUCACCUUAGGGGGCGCUAUGGAGCCAUUUUGCAUUUUCUUGUUUGGGCGACUUCGGAAUAUCAAAUUUUUCACCAGGCCCGGUCGUCCUGCCAAAUUUCAUGAGUUUUCGCCAGUGGGAAGUGGGCCAUUUUCCAGUUCAAAGGGGAGGAAAAAUAAUAAUAAUAAUAAUAACAAAAGAAGGAAACUACAGGAACAAGAGGGCUCUCGCAGCUGCUUAGCAGCUACGCUCGGGCCCUAAUAAUAACUAGGACCCCGUUGGGGCACUGGCGGGCCCGAGCUGUGUCGCGCCCCCCCCCCAACGCGCUGCCUCCCCGUCCCAUUUGUGUCCUCUGGCCAUCGCCCUCUCUGGUAACGCCCAUCACUGCAAAGACCCUUUUCCUUCAUCGGCGUUUGCUGUUCUUCCUGCCAGUGCGUGUUGCUUUCACUUACACUUGCCACAGCCAGCCUCUUGAGUGCCUAGCCUAUUGGAUAUCACUGUCACCUACUCAGGACAGUCAUUAUUAAUACUUUGUUUUUUAAUUUCACAUUAAUUUCCAUAUUGUAUAAACAACUGGAAAAAACUUGAGCCCCUGCCCCUGUAUAAUCAUGUGCACGUCUCUGUUCUAGCUCUAAGGUGAAUCUUCACUGCUCAUGUUCUCCUCAGAAGCAGUCACCUCAUUCCCCUCAGGUUACUGUACACAUGCACCAACUGCCUGCUUCAGGUUUGGAUGGAGCUUCAUGGUUGUCUUUUGGAGAAAUGACCAGUCAAGUUGUGUUUGAAAUUUGAUUUUUUUCAGGGGCAAAAGGAGCCUCUGCAUUCUUGUCAAAUAUGUAAAUAGCAUGUUUUUGCAGGUGCUAAAAACCAGACUCUGAGUGUGUGUGUGUGUGUGUGUGUGUGUGUGUGUGUGUGCGUGUGUGUGUGUCUGUGUGUGCGUUCAAGUCACAUGACAUAUUUAACCGGAUGUAGCUGCAAGACGGAGCCUCGUUGACUCCGUUUCAACUUAUCUCAAAAGUGAGGACCUCAACCUAUAUACCAGUUUUUAAAUUGUGUUGAUAGGCCAAAUAAAACCAGAGUUAUGAUAAAUUAUGUCCGCGAUACUUUUUUUCUGCUUAUUUUGAUCACGUUCGGCGCUCGAUCGCGCUGUAUGAGACAGGAAAACAUAGCAUGCAGACAUUAGCGACAGGUCUUACAGGCGGAAAAGGCUUGCCAAAGGAAAAAAAAAACACACCACAACAUCUCUCCUAUUGGUGGAAAACUUCACCACAACAACCAAUCCAAAAUUAUAUGGUGACUGAUUGACAAGGGGCGGGCGCUUACGUUCUUCCUGCAAUAUGAGAAGGGAGGGAGGGACUCUCAGCAGGGAUGCAGUCUGGGACACGUAGUUGCAAACCUAGCGACUUUGUUGUUAGAUUCAAUGACUUUUCAGACCCCCUAACGACUUUUUUUUAGAAAGAAAGUGACUUUUAUCGACUUCUUCUGGAGUUUAGAGACUCUGACAUGAAGCAGGCUUUCCUUACUGAGGAGUUAGCAACGCUGCUAAGGGUGCAGAGCCACACAUGCGCUCAGAGCUCUGCAUGGGAGACUGAAGCUGACAGAGCUGCAGCAGUUAGCAGGUUUCACCCUCAGAGACCACCAGGGGUUCAUGUUGAGGCAUUUUCAGUUUUUUUUUUUUUUUUUUUUGCCAUAGACACUGUCAACACAAUCUGCAGUUACACUAACAAAAAUGCUGCAAAAAACAAAGAAUUAUGGAAAAAUUACACAUGGACUAACAUAGAGGAGGAUAUACACAAGUUUUUUACAUCAUGUUUUACAUCAUGCAUCAUUUACAUCAUGUUUUUUUGUAGUGGCAUAAAUAAAAAGUGACAUUUGUGAGACUAUACAGUGUUUUGUAAAUAAUUUUACAAAGAACACCUGGGCCAUUGCCUGCAUUUUGAUGUAAAUAGAGGUAAAUUACUAUGUUCUUUGUUAAAAAUUUGCAUAUGUUUUGAAGUUUACAAUUUUUAUUUGAAGUUUAAGUUUUAAAAACAGUUCAUCACACAUAUUUGUGGUUUUCACAGUAAAAACGUUACUUUUUUCCACUCGGAUUUUAUGUUUUGUGUGUGAAUUUGGGUCCAAUGUGUAAAUAUAGUAUGUCAAAAUGAUAAAAUAACUGUAAAUUGACACAGGUGAGGUUGUGCUGAAAAAAAUGAUACCAGGCAAGGCAAGGUAAAAAUUUUGUAAGAGGAAAUAUAAAGGUAAAAUCUAAAGUAGUCAAAAACGGCCAAUAGUGACUCACAGACUCCACAGACAAGUCCCUUUGGCGCCACUCAGUGGGCAAAACUACUUUGUCUACUGUAAUGUAUAUUUGGGUCAUCUUUGGCGCCCCCUAAAACGUAAACCGUGGGGUGCAGCGUCAUGAUUUUUACAACUUUGAAUGGCCAUGGAGUGUAGAUUGGCCUGAGCAAAUUUGGUGUCAGUGGGACGAAAGCCUUAGGAGGAGUUAGCGAAAUUCCAAUGUGUGCGAAUCGGCAAAAAAUGCAAAAUAGCCCUUUUACCGUACAUUAUACAGAUACGCGCUCUUUGACUUUUUCGUAGAUCUAAUUGAGAUACACAUGAUUGUCAAUUUUUGUGUCAUUUUGCCAAAGCGUACAGGCGUGACAGUCAACAAUGUGUAUUUUCACCUUAGGGGACAAGAAAAAAUGGACUUUUUUCUCCUGCCAUGGGGGGGCGCUCUUUUAGGGAGUAAAAAUUCCUUCACAAAUGUGUUGAUGGCUGGACAUUGCAUCAUCCUAGAAAACUUGGAGGCCAGUGAGGACAAAAAUAAAAAGUUAUAAGACUUUUAAAAAUGUGGAUUUUUGGGUUAUCUUUGGCGCCCCCUAGAACGUAAACCGUGGGGUGCAGCGUCAUGAUUUGAAUAACUUUUAAUGGCCAUGGGGUGUAGAUUGGCCUGAGCAAAUGUGGUGCCGGUGGAACGAAAGCCUUCGGAGGAGUUAGCGAAAUUCCAAUGUGUGCGAAUCGGCAAAAAAUGCGGAAUAACCCUUUAACCGUACAUUUGACAGAUACGCGCGCAUUGACUUUUUUGUAGAUCUUAUUGAGAUACAUGUGUGUGUCAAUUUUUGUGUCAUUUUGACAAAGCGUACAGGCGUGACACUCAACAAUGUGUAUUUUCACCUUAGGGGACAAGAAAAAAUGGACUUUUUCUCCUGCCAUGGGGGGGCGCUCUUUUGGGGAGUAAAAAUUCCUUCACAAAUGUGUUGAUGGCUGGACAUUGCAUCAUCCUAGAAAACUUGGAGGCCAGUGAGGGCAAAAAUAAAAAGUUAUAAGACUUUUAAAUAUGUGGAUUUUAGGGUUAUCUUUGGCGCCCCCUAGAACCUAAACCGUGGGGUGCAGCGUCAUGAUUUGAAUAACUUUUAAUGGCCAUGGGGUGUAGAUUGGCCUGAGCAAAUGUGGUGCCGGUGGAACGAAAGCCUUCGGAGGAGUUAGCGAAAUUCCAAUGUGUGCGGAUCGGCAAAAAAUGCGAAAUAACCCUUUAACCGUACAUUUGACAGAUACGCCCGCACUGACUUUUUUGUAGAUCUUAUUGAGAUACAUGUGUGUGUCAAAUUUUGUGUCAUUUUGACAAAGCGUACAGGCGUGACACUCAAUAGUGUGAAUUUUCACCUUAGGGGGCGCUAUGGAGCCAUUUUGCAUUUUCUUGUUUGGGCGACUUCGGAAUAUCAAAUUUUUCACCAGGCCCGGUCGUCCUGCCAAAUUUCAUGAGUUUUCGCCAGUGGGAAGUGGGCCAUUUUCCAGUUCAAAGGGGAGGAAAAAUAAUAAUAAUAAUAACUAGGACCCCGUUGGGGCACUGGCGGGCCCGAGCCGUGUCGCGUCCCCCUCCCAACGUGCUGCCUCCCUGUCCCAUUUGUGUCCUCUGGCCAUCGCCCUCUCUGGUAACGCCCAUCACUGCAAAGACCCUUUUCCUUCAUCGGCGUUUGCUGUUCUUCUUGCCAGUGCGUGUUGCUUUCACUUACACUUACCACAGCCAGCCUCGUGAGUGCCUAGCCUAUUGGAUAUCACUGUCACCUACACAGGACAGUCAUUACCUUUCUAUUAAUACUUUGUGUUUUAAUUUCACAUUAAUUUCCAUAUUGUAUAAACGACUGGAAAAAACUUGAGCCCCUGCCCCUGUAUAAUCAUGUGCAUGUCUCUGUUCUAGCUCCAAGGUGAAUCUUCACUGCUCAUGUUCUCCUCAGAAGCACUCACCUCACUCCCCUCAGGUUACUGUACACAUGCACCAACUGCCUGCUUCAGGUUUGGAUGGAGCUUCAUGGUUGUCUUUUGGAGAAAUGACCAGUCAAGUUGUGUUUGAAAUUUGAUUUUUUUCAGGGGCAAAAGGAGCCUCUGCAUUCUUGUCAAAUAUGUAAAUAGCAUGUUUUUGCAGGUGCUAAAAACCAGACUCUGAGUGUGUGUGUGUGUGUGUGUGUGUGUGUGUGUGUGUGUGUGUGUGUGUGUGUGCGUGUGUGUCUGUGUGUGCGUUCAAGUCACAUGACAUAUUUAACCGGAUGUAGCUGCAAGACGGAGCCUCGUUGACUCUCCGUUUCAACUUAUCUUAAAAGUGAGGACCUCAACCUAUAUACCAGUUUUUAAAUUGUGUUGAUAGGCCAAAUAAAACCAGAGUUAUGAUAAAUUAUGUCCGCGAUACUUUUUUUCUGCUUAUUUUGAUCACGUUCGGCGCUCGAUCGCACUGUAUGAGACAGGAAAACAUAGCAUGCAGACAUUAGCGACAGGUCUUACAGGCGGAAAAGGCUUGCCAAAAGAAAAAACACACCACAACAUCUCUCCUAUUGGUGGAAAACUUCACCACAACAACCAAUCCAAAAUUAUAUGGUGACUGAUUGACAAGGGGCGGGCGCUUACGUUCUUCCUGCAACAUGAGAAGGGAGGGAGGGACUCUCAGCAGGGAUGCAGUCUGGGACACGUAGUUGCAAACCUAGCGACUUUGUUGUUAGAUUCAAUGACUUUUCAGACCCCCUAACGACUUUUUUUUAGAAAGAAAGGGACUUUUAUCGACUUCUUCUUCUGGAGUUCAGAGACUCUGACAUGAAGCAGGCUUUCCUUACUGAGGAGUUAGCAACGCUGCUAAGGGUGCAGAGCCACACAUGCGCUCAGAGCUCUGCAUGGGAGACUGAAGCUGACAGAGCUGCAGCAGUUAGCAGGUUUCACCCUAAUAGACCACCAGUGGUUCAUGUUGAGGCAUUUUAAAUUUUUUUUUUUUUGUGCCAUAGACACUGUCAGCACAAUCUGCAGUUACACUAACAAAAAUGCUGCAAAAAACAAAGAAUUAUGGAAAAAUUACACAUGGACUGACAUAGAGGAGGAUCUACACAAGUUUUUUACAUCAUGUUUAACAUCAUGCAUCAUUUACAUCAUGUUUUUUUGUAGUGGCAUAAAUAAAAAGUGACAUUUGUGAAACUAUACAGUGUUUUGUAAAUAAUUUUACAAAGAACGCCUGGGCCAUUGCCUGCAUUUUGAUGUAAAUAGAGGUAAAUCACUAUGUUCUUUGUUAAAAAUUUGCAUAUGUUUUGAAGUUUACAAUUUUUAUUUGAAGAUUAAGUUUUAAAAACAGUUCAUCACACAUAUUUGUGGUUUUCACAGUAAAAAUGUUACAUUUUUCCACUCGGAUUUUAUGUUUUGUGUGUGAAUUUGGGUCCAUUGUGUAAAUUCAGUAUGUCAACAUGAUAAAAUAACUGUAAAUUCGCACAGGUGAGGUUGUGCUGAAAAAAAAUGAUACCAGGCAAGGCACGUGAUUGUCAAAUUUUGUGUCAAUAUGACAAAGCGUAUAGGCGUGAAUCUCAACAAUAUGUAUUUUCACCUUAGGGGACAAGAAAAAAUUGACUUUUUUCUCCUGCCAUGGGGGGGCGCUCUUUUGGGGAGUAAAAAUUCCUUCACAAAUGUGUUGAUGGCUGGACAUUGCAUCAUCCUAGAAAACUUGGAGGCCAGUGAGGACAAAAAUAAAAAGUUAUAAGACUUUUAAAUAUGUGGAUUUUAGGGUUAUCUUUGGCGCCCCCUAGAACCUAAACCGUGGGGUGCAGCGUCAUGAUUUGAAUAACUUUAAAUGGCCGUGGGGUGUUGAUUGGCCUGAGCAAAUGUGGUGCCGGUGGAACGAAAGCCUUAGGAGGAGUUAGCCACAUUCCAAUGUGUGCGGAUCGGCAAAAAAUGCGGAAUAACCCUUUAACCGUACAUUUGACAGAUACGCGCGCAUUGACUUUUUCGUAGAUCUUAUUGAGUUACAUGUGUGUGUCAAUUUUUGUGUCAUUUUGACAAAGUGUAUAGGCGUGACACUCAACAAUGUGUAUUUUCACCUUAGGGGACAAGAAAAAAUGGACUUUUUUCUCCUGCCAUGGGGGGGCGCUCUUUUAGGGAGUAAAAAUUCCUUCACAAAUGUGUUGAUGGCUGGACAUUGCAUCAUCCUAGAAAACUUGGAGGCCAGUGAGGACAAAAAUAAAAAGUUAAAAGACUUUUAAAAAUGUGGAUUUUUGGGUUAUCUUUGGCGCCCCCUAGAACGUAAACCGUGGGGUGCAGCGUCAUGAUUUGAAUAACUUUUAAUGGCCAUGGGGUGUAAUUUGGCCUGAGCAAAUGUGGUGCCGGUGGAACGAAAGCCUUCGGAGGAGUUAGCGAAAUUCCAAUGUGUGCGAAUCGGCAAAAAAUGCGGAAUAACCCUUUAACCGUACAUUAGACAGAUACGCGCGCAUGGACUUUUUUGUAGAUCUUAUUGAGAUACAUGUGUGUGUCAAUUUUUCUGUCAUUUUGCCAAAUCGUACAGGCGUGACACUCAACAAUGUGUAUUUUCACCUUAGGGGACAAGAAAAAAUGGACUUUUUUCUCCUGCCAUGGGGGGGCGCUCUUUUGGGGAGUAAAAAUUCCUUCACAAAUGUGUUGAUGGCUGGACAUUGCAUCAUCCUAGAAAACUUGGAGGCCAGUGAGGGCAAAAAUAAAAAGUUAUAAGACUUUUAAAAAUGUGGAUUUUAGGGUUAUCUUUGGCGCCCCCUAGAACCUAAACCGUAGGGUGCAGCGUCAUGAUUUGAAUAACUUUUAAUGGCCAUGGGGUGUAGAUUGGCCUGAGCAAAUGUGGUGCCGGUGGAACGAAAGCCUUCGGAGGAGUUAGCGAAAUUCCAAUGUGUGCGGAUCGGCAAAAAAUGCGAAAUAACCCUUUAACCGUACAUUAGACAGAUACGCGCGCACUGACUUUUUUGUAGAUCUUAUUGAGAUACAUGUGUGUGUCAAUUUUUGUGUCAUUUUGACAAAGCGUACAGGCGUGACAGUCAAUAGUGUGAAUUUUCACCUUAGGGGGCGCUAUGGAGCCAUUUUGCAUUUUCUUGUUUGGGCGACUUCGGAAUAUCAAAUUUUUCACCAGGCCCGGUCGUCCUGCCAAAUUUCAUGAGUUUUCGCCAGUGGGAAGUGGGCCAUUUUCCAGGUCAAAGGGGAGGAAAAAGAAAAAAGAAACAAAGAAAAACCACUUGGGGAAUAAUAGGGCUCUCGCAGCUGCUUAGCAGCUACGCUCGGGCCCUAAUAAUAACAAAAGAAGGAAACUACAGGAACAAGAGGGCUCUCGCAGCUGCUUAGCAGCUACGCUCGGGCCCUAAUAACAAAAGAAGGAAACUACAGGAACAAGAGGGCUCUCGCAGCUGCUUAGCAGCUACGCUCGGGCCCUAAAAAGACAAGAGUUAGCCUCUUGUGGAGCUAUGAAGAGGAAACAUUUACUUCACCUAAAUUAUAUCAGUUUAUCAUUAAGAGUAACUGAGUGUUGAGUAGGAAACUCUGCAACAUGAGAUAAAUGGGUACGAUAAUGCAGCUGCUAAUGCCAUAUGCUGGGUUUAUUUAUCAGGAAGGUGUUAAAGCUGUUUCAAAAAUUGCAUAACGUGUCUCUGCACCAGCUUCUGUGACUUUGCACGAUUAUAAUGGCGUCUUUCCUUUUCCACUUGUCCCUGUAUCAUUCCCCUCUUUUUCAUUAUUCCCCUCCUCCCCAUCCUCUCCAAAACAAUCCACCUUCCUCCUUCAUUCCUGCAGGUGACACUCUCUUCAUCGUCCUGAGGAAGCAGAAGCUCAUCUUCCUCCACUGGUACCACCACAUCACCGUGCUGCUCUACUCCUGGUACUCCUACAAAGACAUGGUGGCCGGCGGCGGCUGGUUCAUGACUAUGAACUACUUGGUCCACGCCGUCAUGUACUCUUACUACGCCUUACGAGCGGCCGGCUUCAAGGUUUCCCGCAAGUUCGCCAUGUUCAUCACUCUGACCCAGAUCACCCAGAUGCUGAUGGGCUGUGUGGUCAACUACCUGGUGUACUCGUGGAUGCAGCAGGGCCAGGAGUGUCCAUCCCACAUGCAGAACAUUGUGUGGUCCUCCCUCAUGUACCUCAGCUACUUUGUGCUCUUUGUCCAGUUCUUCAUCGAGGCCUACAUGAGCAAGUCUAAAUCAUUGGCUGCGGCUGCUGCCAAGAAGAGAGAAUAAACAAAUGCCUCACGUUUGUGAAGAAGGGUGAUCAUGAAGAAAAAGGGAGUAGGAAAUGAAGAGCAGGGACCAGUGACUUGAGAGAGUCUGUUAGGGUUGUUGGAAUGAAAGAUGGAUAAUGGUGAAGGUGGUGUGGACACUUAGGGAGUCAGGGUAGGGGCAGGGGUGGGAGGGUCAAAAACGAUUGGUCGUGUUUGUGCUUGAGCAUCACUAUUAAUGUGCAGAUCUAAAACCCCUCGAGGGAAGCGACGUCUCCAUCGAGGGAUGCUGAGAAAGCAGCGCCGCCAUGAUCAGAAGCCAUCACAAGUUGUCUGCCUGAAGUUUAAAAGCCCCUUUUUAAAUUCAUUGUGAAUAGUUUUUAAAACCUAGGAUAACAAGGACAAAAAUUACCAGAUAAAACCAUACAUCUGCAAAAAGCAUUCGUUUACUUGAUAUUAAAAAAGGAAAUUAAUCUGUACAUAUGAAGAUGGAUGGAGUCAGAGUUAACUUAAGCCAUCUGAGUAUGUUUUUGUCUGUCUGUCGUCAGUGUUUGUCUUUGUUUUGAUCUGUCAAAGGAAAAAUUAAAGACACUGGUGAGUGUGCGAAGCUGCUGGGUGUUGGAGGUUGAACUGAUGGGGUGAACGGCACUGUUUCUUCUGUGUCUUACAUUGCAAAAAUGUGAUUUUCUCAGGUCUUAGGUUAUCUCUUUCUUACUAUAAUAUGCAUAUCAAGAUAAAGUAGAAAUGUUUAACAUCAGUACCGAUUUACAGUAUGGCCAAAAUUCAUCCAGUAUGCCUGAUUGUAUGAAUGAAGCUGAUUGGACUGACUGGCUCAGAUACUCACACUGCUCCUGGGCGUGAUGGGAAACAGAAGCUGACAGUGCCCUGCUUCACCACUCGUCACGACCUCGCAGAAGUUGCCGACCACACUCGGGAAAUGACUUGCCAUUGAUUUUUAAAUGCUUCUCUGCGUCAAAGGGUACCUACCAGUGAACAAAACGCGUCUGUUGAACACUGAAAGCUUAAAGGACAAACAUAUUUAUGUUUAGCAAAAAAAAGGAAAAAAAGGAAAAAAAUCAAACAUGCAAAUUGUUAAAAUCUGCUGUAUUGACUCAAAAAAUAGUAUGUAUCUUUAAUGGUGUCUGUUGUGCUAUUGUGCAUUUGCACUGUAUCAAUGUCAAAAACCUGUUGCUGAAAAACUUAAUGUAUGAACAAAGAGUGCAAAAAUGUGACAUACCGGCAUGCCUGUGGUGUUUUUUUUUUUGGUCUCUCGGUUGCAAAAUCUUGAUGUUGCAGUUCAUCCUUUUUUGAAUCAGAACCUGCAAAAGUCAUUUCUGGGGCUCUAGGGCAGAUUAACAAGCCUCAAGGUAAGAGUGUGAUCAUAAUUCCCUGUCUUAUCGUUCCAGCUGUUGAAAUAAGCAGACAGCAUACUCUCAUUCAUGUCACACCUUAUGGAAUCUUAUGUAGCAGCUUCAAAGUAUUAAACUAGCAGUCUGUGGGGCAGAUA